AAUGUCUCGAAAGCACCACCAGCACCACUCCGACGCAUCCUCGUUGGCCGCGAAGUCGCGUCGCUUUGAGGCCUACAACCGGCUUCAGGCGGCGGCAGUGGCGUUCGGGGAGAAGCUUCCGAUCCCUGAGAUCGUGGCCAUAGGAGGCCAAUCAGACGGGAAGAGCUCCCUCCUAGAAGCAUUGCUGGGUUUCCGGUUCAAUGUCCGCGAGGUGGAGAUGGGAACCCGAAGGCCCCUCAUCCUCCAGAUGGUUCACGAUCCCACCGCCCUCGACCCUCGCUGCCGCUUCCAGGAGGAGGAUUCCGAUGAAUACGGUAGUCCUGUGGUUUUGGCAUCUGCCAUUGCUGACAUCAUCAAGUCAAGAACCGACGCACUUCUGAAGAAAACUAAGACAGCUGUUUCUCCUAAGCCUAUUGUGAUGAGAGCCGAAUAUGCUCAUUGCCCGAACCUAACCGUUAUCGAUACCCCCGGCUUUGUUCUUAAGGCAAAGAAGGGGGAACCGGAGAACACGCCGGAAGAAAUACUUUCGAUGGUGAAGUCGUUGGCUAGUCCGCCCCACCGUAUGCUCUUGUUCCUCCAGCAGAGUAGCGUCGAGUGGUGCUCCUCCUUGUGGUUGGAUGCUAUUCGUGAGAUUGAUCCAACAUUUAGAAGGACUGUAAUUGUUGUCUCCAAAUUCGAUAAUCGUCUCAAGGAAUUUAGUGACCGGUGGGAAGUGGAUCGGUAUUUGAGUGCAAGUGGUUACCUUGGAGAUGGCACUCGCCCUUUCUUUGUGGCCCUGCCUAAAGAUAGGGGUAACAUUUCAAAUGAUGAGUUCCGAAGGCAGAUUUCUCAGGUGGACUCUGAGGUUCUUCAUCAUCUGCGUGAUGUAGUCAAGGGUGGUUUUGAUGAAGAAAAGUUUAACUCUCAUAUUGGUUUUACCCGUUUGAGAGACUAUUUGGAGUCUGAACUUCAGAAGAAAUACAAAGAAGCAGCGCCGGCAACUCUCGCGUUGCUCGAGCAACGCUGCACCGAGGUGACUGCAGACCUUGCUAGAAUGAAUUCAAAGAUACAGGCCACCUCAGAUGUUGCUCAUCUCAGGAAAUUCGCCAUGUUGUAUACAGCUUCUAUAAGCAACCAUGUGGGUGCACUUAUUGAUGGUGCAGCAGAUCCUUGCCCUGAGCAGUGGGGGAAAACUACAACUGAAGAGCAAUCUCAAAGUGGCAUUGGAGCUUGGCCUGGUGUCAUCACAGAUAUGAAUCCCCCAAAUUCUACUUUGCGCCUUUAUGGAGGAGCUGCUUUUGAAAGAGUCAUACAUGAAUUUCGAUGUGCUGCCUAUUCCAUUGAAUGCCCUCCAGUGUCAAGGGAGAAGGUUGCGAAUAUAUUACUUGCCCAUGCUGGCCGAGGCGGCGCAAGAGGAAUAACAGAAGCUGCAGCAGAAAUUGCUCGUUCUGCUGCUAGAUCAUGGCUUGCUCCUCUUCUUGAUACUGCUUGUGACAGACUUGCUUUUGUUUUAGGAAACUUAUUUGAUUUGGCGCUAGAAAGAAACCGCAGUAAUGACUCAGAGUAUGCGAGUAAAACAGCUAACAUGGACGGGUAUGUUGGUUUUCAUGCUGCAUUAAGGUGUGCAUACAGCCGCUUCAUAAAGGAUCUUUCAAAACAAUGCAAACAACUAAUUAGACACCACCUUGAUUCAGUUACCAGUCCAUACUCACAGGUCUGCUAUGUCAAUGACUUUCAAACAUGUUAUGCACCAAAUGCUCCUCCUUUCAAAAAAUUAAACCAGGUUGCAACAUCUUCCUUUUUUCUUGAGCUGAGCGACACGGGUUCUGCAUCCCAUGAUGUAGUAAUGAGGGACCAGGAAAAUAUACCUCCAGAAAAGCAUCAUGCUCAAGAAACCACCCCAGGCAAAAAUGCAGAAGCCAGAGAAGCUUUACAUGAAAGCAACAUUACUGUCCCUGAAACCCCAUCUCCUGAUCAGCCAGGUAAUCCUAUUCAUGGAUUGGCAAAAAAGGAGCAUGGCAUUUGCAACGACAAUGGACCAAGAAAAAGAGCGUCUAGAAUGACAGGGAAUAGCAAGAAUUCUGACCAGAUCAUCAGGAUGCAAAAUGGUGGUCUUCUAUUUGGAAAUCAGGAAAAAUCUGGUUCUGCUUAUUCAGAAAUCUGUUUCUCAGCAGCGCAGCAUUUUGCGCGAAUUCGCGAAGUUCUUGUUGAGCGAGGCGUGACAUCGACACUAAAUUCUGGAUUCCUAACACCUUGCCGCGAUCGGCUUGUUGUGGCUCUUGGAUUGGAUUUGUUUGCCCUGAAUGAUGAGAAGUUCAUGGACAUGUUUGUUGCUCCUGGUGCAAUACAAGUGCUACAAACUGAAAGAGAAUCCCUUCAGAAGCGGCAGAAGAUACUCCAAUCUUGCUUGAAUGAGUUCAAGACUCUAACUCGGGAACUUUGAUAAUAAGAGUCACAGCCAGCUCUCCCACAGAAUUUUAUUUAAUUCAUUCACAUUUAGUGAAUUUCAAUCACUGCAAGGUAAAACUUUGAUAUGGGGCCUUCCUCAUUGUAAUAUAUGCUUCUGUAACAUGAAUUUUCUUCAUAAUGGUUUCACUGAUUUGUAGCUUGAUGGUUCACAAUUUAACAUUUAUCCUAAAAUGAAUUAAAUUUCUUCUCAA